AUGGAUUUUGGAACGAUUUUGAGGACUAUCGGAGACUUCGGAUUGUUCCAGAAGCUUCUCCUCAUUGGGUUAACUUUUCCACAUUUUAUACUGCCUGUUUUUUUCUGUAGUUUUCUUUUUAUCCAGUCAGAUCCAGAGCGGCACUGUAACACAAAUUGGGUCCUCAAAGCUGAUCCUAACCUAACCUCACAUGAGCAACUGAACCUGACUCUGCCUCGGGAGGAGGAUGGGACCUUCAGCAGGUGUCAGAUGUUUGUGCCUGUGGAUUGGAACAUCAGUGACAUCAGGGAAUAUGGACUCAAUGAGACCACAGAGUGCCAGAACGGAUGGGUGUAUGGUAACGCGAUGUAUGAGGCCACCAUAGUCACUGAUUUUGAUCUCGUCUGUGACAAGUCAAACAUGGCUGGAGUUACACAGACAAUUUUCAUGACUGGUUUACUUGCUGGUUCAGUCUUCUUUGGACCUACAGUUGAAUCGUUCGGCCGCAAGAGAACCACUCAGAUGCCAGCUGUCCUCCUCCUAAUAUUCACUAUAGUUGCUGGUGUGUCUCCAAAUUUGUAUGUGUACAUAAUUUCACAGUUCAUAGUUGGAGCUGCGCUUGCUGGAUAUAGGAUGAAUUCCAUUGUAUUAGCUACUGAAUGGAUUGGGGUCACUAAAAGGUCCUUUGCCACCUGCAUGGGCCAGAUGUUUGGAGGUCUUGGUCAGACUGCCAUGGCUGGUCUGGUCUAUCUUAUUCGUGACUGGAGAAUAGCACAGUUUGUCAUGGCAGGAUUACAGGCGGUUGUAUGCAUAUACAUAUGGUGGAUUCCUGAAUCUGCGAGGUGGUUGCUGGGGCAAGGAAGAAUCGAAGAAGCAAACAAGAUGAUACGUAAAGUCGCAGCAAUCAAUAAACAGAAAAUCCCAGAGAAUAUGCUGAAUAAGGUAACUGAGGAAAGUUCUGUCCAGAGUGGGGGAAUCAAAGAGUUUUUUGCCUCAGUAGUCCUGAUGAAAUAUUUAUUCAUCAUAUGUUUUGCCUGGUCUUCAUUACAUCUAGGUUACUUCUGCCUUGUUUUGAAUGUGGGGAAGUUUGGUCUGAACAUCUUCCUGGUUCAGUUCCUGUUUGGAAUCACAGAGUUGCCAGCACAUCUCCUCUGUAUCUGGGUCCUGGAGUUGUUAGGGAGAAAAAUAUCACUGAUAUCAACCCUCCUCGCGGCUGGGUUCGUUUGCCUGUUAAGCCUGGCUUUCCCUCAAGACAACGCUGUUGUUAUCACGGCCCUCGUAACCACAGGAAAGUUCUUUUUGAACUGGGCUGGUUCAGUAUCUAUGGUCUACAUUCAGGAGUUGUUUCCCACUUCUGCUAGGCAAACAGCUGUUGGUAUAGGCUCCAUAGCUUUCAGAGUGGCAGGGUUGUUGUCUCCACUACUCAACAUGUUGGCCAUAUACCACUGGUCCAUACCCAUCAUAGUCUUCAGCAGCCUUACACUGAUCAGUGGAGCUCUCUGCUUCCUACUUCCUGAAACCAGGAGAAGAGAACUGCCUGAUUCAGCCAUGGAGGCUGAGGGGCAGAAAAAUACAACUACAAAGAAGACUGGGAGUGACUCCAACAUGGCUGAAAUCAGCAGAAAAUCAACCAAACUCUAGUUAGAAUUUUUUUUUAGAUGUUUUUGUUGUGUGUUACAG